GGGCGUCGGCCUCGGCGGUUGGGUUUGAAAGCGGCGGUUGGAAAAUGGCGGCGGAGGAGAAGCGGCAGCAGCUGCCGUCGAGGUGGCGGGGAGCGGGAGCCUGCUCUCGGCUUCAGGAGUCAGAAUGCCGAAGACAGCAGCUUGAAGCCUAUCUCUCCAGAAAAGGCAAGCUGAAGAAGCCAGCUCCCAAUGCCAGGUACUACUUAGGAGACAGGACGAACCGGAAAGUCCAGCUGGCGGCGACGGCUGCUGCACCCUACCCCCGGUGUAACCAGAAGGGGAAUCUGAAAGCUGGCCCUCUGGCCAAACCAGCCAAAUACAAAGGGACCGGUCACCUCACAUCAUCGAACCGUGCCAACACAGUGGCUACCAGGUCCGAAACUCAACCCGAGGCGAAAACCUCUGAAGCCGAGCAGACCCUCGCCAAAGCUCUUCCUGCCUUUUCCCGAGGGAGAAUCCCCAGCGAGGAGACAGCCUCCGCUUUGUUCCCAGCGGAGUCAAAUCCCGCCAACAACCAAGCUGCUGCUGGUCAGAAUGCCGUUUCGGGACAAUGCCCCACAGUCUGCGCUAAAAGCGGCCCUCACGUAGACGGCCAAGAGACCGCAGUGGGCACAGCUCCCAAUGCUGGGCACUCUGCCGGCGUGGCUUCCGCUAAACCUUCUCCAGACCAGGCAGGUCAACCACGGGUCAGCACGUCAAAGGACAAUGCUUCAUAUAAUCCAAUAUGGGCUAUAGGCGUAGUCAGAGCGGCCUCCCGUGCAGCGAAACCUGCAGGGUUGGUGAAACCAGGCCCCAGUGCAGCGAAGCCUACAGGAUUGGCCAAACCAGGCCCCAACGCAGCGAAGCCUACAGGAUUGGCCAAACUAGGCCCCAAUGCAGCAAAACCUGAAGGGUUGACAAAACUAGGCCCCAAUGCGGCGAAACCAGGCUCCAAUGCCGCAAAACUAGGCCCCAAUGCGGCAAAACCAGUCUCCAAUGCCGCGAAACUAGGCCCCAAUGCUGCAAAAUCUGCAGGGUUGGCGAAACUAGGCCCCAAUGCAGCAAAACCUGCAGGAUUGGUGAAGCCAGGCCCCAAUGCGGCAAAUUCAGGCCCCAAUGCAGCAAAACCUGCAGGAUUGGUGAAGCCAGGCCCCAAUGCGGCAAAUUCAGGCCCCAAUGCAGCAAAACCUGCAGGAUUGGUGAAGCCAGGCCCCAAUGCGGCAAAUUCAGGCCCCAAUGCAGCAAAACCUGCAGGAUUGGUGAAACCAGGCCCCAGCACCGCGAAACUUGCGGGUUUGGCAAAGCCAGUUGCCAAUGCAGCGAAAGCUACAGGAUUGGUGAAACCAGGCCCCAGCACCGCGAAACUUGCAAGGUUGGCAAAGCCAGUGGCCAAGGCAGCGGAACCUGUGAGUGCGGUGAUUGUACAAAAGCAGUUGAUAGAUGCCGAGCCGGUGAAGAACAAUGACUACCAGAGCUUGAGUAAAUCUGCACGACGGGCACCAAGCACCACAACCAAGCCAGCGAAUGGGGCGAGUCCGACUGGAAACCAGCCGGGGCCAAUCUGGCAGCCUUUCACAAGGUCUGUUCCCAAAGCACGUCCUGCUUUGUGGACCGCGCCCAGGAACACGAGGGGCAGGAGAGGAGCAGUACAGAGCGCGAGCAAGUUAGUAAUCAGCACGGCCAAACAUCGGGGAGCUGAAAGCACUGUUCGCAAAUCAGCAAAAGGACAGGAUGAGAGGAGGAGACUCCUGGACGAGUGGUUGGCGUCCAAAGGGCGGACCUACAAACGGCCGCCCAUGCCCACUCCCUUCACCAGGUCGGCGCAGUCGGUGAAGAAGAAUUUGGAGCUGUCCUUCUGGGAGGCGAUUGAGGAGGAGGAGCAGGACGAGCAGCGGGGGCUCCAGGCCCGGGUGGAUCAGGCGCUGGACGGCUGCCUGCAGUUACUGCAGAAGGGUUCCCCUCCCGAGGAAGUGGCAGCAGCGCUGCUGGCUGUCCCGGAACGGGAGCGGUUCGCCAAGUUCUGGAUCUGCCGGGCCCACUUGCUGGAGAGGACCGGUCCGAUGGAAGCUGUCAUCGCACUGUUCGAGGAGGCCGUGCACAGCGGGGCGCAGCCCGUCGAAGAGUUGCGGUCUGCCCUGGUCGAAGCCAUCAUGAGGAACGCGAGCGCUCUGUCGGCCUCUGCAGGGGCUGUAACCUCUGGGGCUUCAGAUGGAGAAGCUGACAAAUGCACUGUGGGAGACGAGCAUGACACUGGAGGCGAAGAGACGGAUGGGUUCAGAGAAGGUCUCGCCACGGUCACGCCACACUCGAGGAUUCCUCGUGAGAGAGCGGGCUCGUCAGUGGUCAAGUACCGAGUCACCACAACGCCCCAAGUGCACCGCAGGAAGGAAGUGGCGGAGCAAAUGCGGUCGCUCGGGAAGCAGGAGGUGCGGUUCGUCACCCCGGUUCGCCGGUCUGUCCGUAUCGAGCAGGCCUCUACCUCCUACCCGGAGGGGCUGAGGGAGUGGGACCACUGUGUCACCUCACUGAACCAGCUACUAGCUGUGGAGGAGACAGAGACCUUCAUCUACCAGGAGAACCGGGCUUUGCUGGAGGAAAUGACCAAGAUUUGAAGGACUCAUGUAUGCACUUCACCUAUAAAUAAGCUUGUUAUAUAUUCAAAAUGUACAUUAUUUUAAUCACUUAGAGUUGUAAAAAAAACACUAGCUGUAUCUAUGUCAAAUGUCCCCUGUAUGUUAACAAACACCAUCAUUCGGUAAAUGCACAUUUUUCGCUGUUGGGAAUGUUAUAUUUCUCUGCCCUGGUGUAAUAUUAACUCUGCGCUCCGACAAUAAACAUCGGAAAGUCUUUCUA